AUGCUUCUGGAACUAGGCUCAAGCCGGAGGUUUCCUUCAGGCAGCAAGUCACGCGAGAUCGAAGCGGUUGCCCAGUGCCUCCAAGGGGCAUUUAAGGCCCAGUGCCUUCCGGGGGCAUUCAAGGCUCAGUGCCUUCCGGGGGCAUUCAAGGCCCAGUGCCUCCCGGGGGUAUUCAAGGCCCAGUGCCUCCCGGGGGUAUUCAAGGCCCAGUGCCUCCCAGGGGCAUUUAAGGCCCAGUGCCUCCCCGAGGUAUUCAAGGCCCAGUGCCUCCCCGAGGUAUUCAAGGCCCAAUGCCUCCCGGGGGUAUUCAAGGCCCAGUGCCUCCGAGAGGCAUUCAAGGCUCAGUGCCUCCCAGAGGCAUUCAAGGCCCAGUGCCUGCCUGAGGUAACAUCCAUUCAUCGCGAUUUGGAGCCUCAUCAUUCUUAUAUAAGGAAGGUAGAAACUCUCAUCAGAAGGGAGAGAGAACAGCGACAAGCUGACAUCAAAGCGACACGGACAGUUUCGAGCACACACACACCGAGAGGAUUCAGCGGUUCACACAACAGGCAGUAUCACGUAUCAGUGAACAUUCUUUCACCCUCUCUUUCUCUCAUCUCGCUCGCUACACAUAGUCCUACCUUUCCCUCUCACAUUCCCAGUUCCUUUCUUUUCUUUUUUCUUCCGCAGCUUUACGGACAAUUUCAUUUUGCAUUAUUUGAUGCGAAGCGAAUCACCUCCCAGAGAACCCGGUAUUGUUACUUAGUGGAAAAACUGCCAGCAGACAUCGUCGAGGAAGUAAUGGAUUUACUGGAAAAUGUCCCGGAUGACAACCCGUACGAUAGACUCAAGGAAGCAAUUUUAAAACGGACCGGUGCCUCGAACGAAGCCAUGCUACGCAACCUUUUCACUCAGGUUGAAUUAGGAGACCGCACCCCAUCGCAGUUAUUGAGGCACAUGCGAACCUUACUGGGUGACAACAAAAUGUCCGAGAACAUUAUGCGGAGCUUAUGGCUGGACAAGUUACCCACUACAACAACACAAAUCCUCGCACCCAUGACAGAGGAAACGCAGACAGAAAAACUCGUGGACAUUGCAGAUCGGAUCCAUGAAAGUUUUCGAAGCCGCAGGGUAAACUCUAUCCAGCCACAACCAGCCCAACAAAGAGACAGGGAAUUUAACGACCUCAAGUCUACUGUAGAAAGGUUGUCUAUACAAUUACAAGGCUUACUGCAAAAAGACCGACAGUACCGCCGCGAUAAAUGUCCAGGAUACAGAAAGCGAAGUUUCAGCAGAGGACGGACUGACAACCGCAAUCGAAAAGAUGAAAUUUGUUACUACCACAAAAAGUUUGGUCCUGAGGCGAGACGUUGUACACAUCCUUGUUCUUUCAACAACGCGAAUGCGGGAAACGGAAAUUCCAGCCAGUAG